AUGGCAGCGACACGCCGGGAGCUGCAGCGGGACCGGGCGCGCUUCGUCUACGUGACCCGCUUCGGCUCGCACCAGUGUGGCGGCGUCCUUCCGUUGGGCGGCCGCAGGGCCCAGGGCCCGAGGCACGCCGGGCUCAAGGACGGUCACCGCCAGGAGAAGCCGCGGGCGGCAGCGCCGGCCAUUCCAGGUGCUGCGGAGCUGCCCCUUUGCUUCCGGUUCGGGCCCUCGCGGCCUGCUCCCCCGCGCGGCGUCGAGCGAGCCGAGCGGGCGCAGGCGGGUGGCGCGUGCCGCGGGAGCGGCUGGCUGGGCGGGCGGGGCCCGCGGGCCGCUGACGCCUCCACCCGUCUCAGUAGCCAUCUUGCCGGGGGCUCGAGUCAUUUGAACGGUCGGCUUCUCAGUCUCUCCCCCGCCGCCACACCACGGCCCCACCGCCCCUCCGUGGGCGGCUCCGGGUUCGUCGUUUUGCUCUGCGGCCGUUAG